UAAUGCUAUUGUCAAGAAUAAGAACAUUCAAAAACUUAACCACAACUUUAAAGCCUUUACAAAAUAAUAGAUACUACAAAUUCUCUAAUGCUGAAGCUGCUAAGAAUGCAAAAUUUGACAGAAAUGCUCAUUUUGAAGACCCUGUAAAUGAAUGGGUAGAUCCAUCAAAAAGAUGGUUAUUAGGUGGAUGGUUACUUCUUUGUGCAGGUGGAGUUUAUUUUAUGGUUUUAUUAGGAGGUUACACUAGACUUACUCAUUCAGGUAAGUAUUUAUUGAAAUACUAUUUUAGGAUUAUCAAUGACAAAAUGGAAACCCAUAGAAUAUACAUAUCCAAGAAAUCAAACUGAUUGGGAAAAGGAAUUUGAUUAUUACAAACAAUUUCCAGAAUAUUAACAUACUCCUAUUGAUUUAGAUAAAUUCAAGAAAAUCUUUAUUGUUGAAUAUUUACAUAGAGUCUCUGGAUCAACUUUGGGAGCUAUUUAUGUUUUACCUUUAGCUGCAUUUACAGCAAUGAAAUGGAUUAAACCAUAAUAUGCAAAAAGACUAGGAGCCAUAGGUGGACUUGGAUUAUUAUAAGGCUUAAUUGGAUGGUGGAUGGUCAAAUCAGGAUUAGAUCGUCCUAAACCUGAAUAUUAACAAAAACCCAGAGUUUCAACUUAUAGACUUACUGUACAUUUAUCUAUGGCUUUAUCAUUAUAUUCUCUUUUAAUUUGGAAUGCUGCUACUCUUUUUAGAAAACCUUAACAUUUAUAAAUAACUCCAGAAAAUUAUAAAACUCAUCUUAAAUUUAGAGGACUUGGAAUUGGUUUGAUUCAUUUAGUAGCUAUCAAUUUAUUAACUGGAGCAGCUAUGGCAGGUAUAGAUGCAGGAAAGGUUUUUAAUACAUGGCCUACUAUGAAUGGAUAAAUAGUUCCAGCCAAUUUAUUUAAAGCCUCACCAUUUUAUAAAAACUUUUUUGAAAAUGUUGUGAUGUAAUAAUAUUAAUUAAUAAAUAAAGGGUAUAAUUCAAUCAUAGAAAUGCAGCAUAUUUAACUUAUGCAUUUGGAUCUUAUAUUACUUAUCUCGCUUAUAAGAGUAAUCUACCUAAAUAAGCUAGAUAUAUAUGUUAUGCCCUUUACGGAGUUCUUAAUUAUUAAUUACUUACAGGAGUUGUAGCAUUACUCAAUUAAGUAACUAUUAAUUAUUAUACUAGGUUUAAGUACAUUCUGGUAGUAUCCAUUAAUUUAAUGCUUUAAAUGUAUUAACAGCAAGUUUAUUGCUAUGUCACAAUGUUAGAAGACCAAGUUUGCCUUAUAGAAAUUAUAUAAAGCAAUUUGUUUGAU